GCUUCCUCUCACCCCUGCAUUUUUCAGUCGAACUCAUCCUACUCAAUCAGUCUAUCUUCAUAAUGGUCUCGAAUCGAAGCCUUGUGCUCCUUCAAGAGCCCACGGGCAUGCCUCAAGUAGGCAAGGACAUCGACUACCGCACCUCCGACAUUGACAUCGAAUCAGCUCCUUCGAACGGUUUGAUUCUCAAGACGGUUGCCAUCGCCAUCGAUCCCACGCUCCGCAACACCAUGCGACUUUCCAACCCCAAGCCGUACGCCCCCCUCUACAAGAAGGGAGAAGCAAUGUGGGGAUACGGUCUCUCCGAGGUCGUGGUCAGCGGUAAUGCUGGGUGGAAGAAGGGUGAUAUCCUCAUGACGCCAUUGACCAAGAUGUCGACUUACUGGCGCCUGGAGGAAGGAGAGCUCAACGGACCGAGCAAGGCGGGAUACAAGAAGAUCGACCCGCUGCCGGACCUCAAUGUCACCACGUAUCUGGGCGCUCUGGGCAUGCCGGGAAUGACCGCGUACAUGUCGAUCAAGGACAUCAUUGGUGACUUCAAGCCCAACUCGAAGCUCUUCGUCACCUCUGGCGCAGGCUUUGUCGGGUCCCUCGUCUGCCAGAUCGCCAAGCAGGCCGGUGUGAAGGUCAUUGCAUCAGCCGGCAGCGAGGACAAGGUUGCCUUCCUCCGCGAGAAGCUUGGGGUUGACAAGGCCUUCAACUACAAGACGGCGGACAUUGAUGCCGAGCUGGCCUCCUUCGGUGGAGAGGAGGGUAUCGACUACCUCUACGACAACGUGGGCGGUAAGCAGCUCAACAGCUUCCUGGCUCACUCGGCCGUGCACGGUGUCGUCGUGGUCUGUGGAGCCAUUUCGGCUUACAAUGCGAGCAAGGACCAGCCCGCCGAAGUGAUCAGCAAUUUCCCCAUGGCGGUGCUGGGGCGCCAGCUUACUGUUCGUGGGUUUAUUGUGGCGAGCUUGUACCCGAGGUGGGAGGACAGCUUCUGGAAGGAGAUGCCCAAGAUGGUGCAGGACGGCAAGCUCAAGAGUCAGGAGGAUGUCAGGGUGGGCAUGGACGCUCUUGCUGGGAGCUUCGAGGACUUGUUGACUGGCAAGCACCAGGGCAAGCUGAUUGUGCUUGUCGAUGAGGAGCAGAAGGGCAGGUGGAUCCAGAGGAACCCCGACGGCUUUGCGUGAGCAGCCAUCUCUUGAGAUCAAAGUUGUGUAUCAUUAGCAAAGGCAAUGAGAAUCAUG